ACGGAAGCGCGAUUGCGCACGCAUCUCCGAUUUGAGACAUGGUGGCAUUUAUCAGCAUCGUUUGCCUAAAUAGAUGUCUUACAAAUGUCGAAUUGGUCUAAUAUCAACAUUUGCCAUAGCGUGAGAACUGGAAAUAUACUGAUUAUUUAUUGCUCAUUGGCUAGCAAAAUUGUUUAAACAUAUUUACUUAGGCACGGCGAAUAAAUACUGGGCUGGACAGGAUGGCCAGCUGCAAUUUUCAGGAGCAGUUUGUAUCCAUUAUGGAGGUAUUGGCUAAAGCAGCUGUAGCAGAAAUAAACAAACGUGUAGAUGAUAGCUGUGCUGUUAUACGUUUGGAAAUGACCCAAAGCCAGCGAGAUAUUGAUGUACUGAAAAGGAAGUGUCAAAUGAUGGAGAGCGAGUUGAAGAAGACGCACAGACGAAAGGGUAGUUGUGUUAUUAUUCAUGGUUUUUACCCCAUGGCAUCAGAGAGAUCUCCAUAUCCAGUCAAGAUUGUUUUGAACAAGCAGAGUAGUAGCACACAGUGGAGAGACAGCGAGAUGUCUGUUGAAGGGGACUCUCAACCCCAGCCUACUGAUGUGGAGCAGAGAGUGGAGAUUGAACCCAUACUGAUCAAAGAUGAGGAGACAGCAGAGGACGUGUGGAAGGCUAAUGCUCAGGAAGAGAUCAGGAUGACUGGAGAGGAUUCUGGUUCCAAGCCUGGGAAACUACCAUCCUUUGAGCAACGGCACUGUGAUGAGGACUUCAUCACGCAACCCAAUAUAUCUCCCAGAGACUCCGUGGAACAUUACCCCAAUUCUGAUCGUCCAGAGGAACCAGGAACAACCCGGCUCGCAUCUACAGAGGUGUUCAGUACAGAGCAGCACCGGCCAGCCGAGGACGACGACUCACUAGACCUACUGAUGGUGAAGGAUGAGAAAGAGGAGGAGUUAGAUCAGACCACGGCCCUGGCAGGACCUGACCAGUUUGUCAUGGAUGAGUCUGAUGGGCAGCUGUGGACCUCUGUGGAUCCAGGCGGAGACACUGACCCUGUCUGCCACCCAGAUUUCUCCUUUCAUUCCACAGAAGAGUACUCUCAGAAUAUCUCAAUUUUCCCAUCUCAUAGUGGGCUGCCAUCUUUUCCUACUAUGACAGAUGAAGUAGGGCCAUCGCUUCACUCUUCUAUAUGGAAACCACAUGCUAACAUGUUCAGUGCAGCAAAACACAUAACAAGACAUGUCAGGACAUUGGCUGAUGAGACUAGACAACAGAUACCAGAGGGACAGAGCAGUGAGAUGCUGAACUCAAGUAAUGAAGGAAAUAGUUUAGCUCUACAGCCAAGGCAGCAUCAAUACAGGGCUUCAGAAGCAACAGUGAGAUUGAGUGAGUGCAUGACAGGUUCAAACAUGGCCACCACCUCCACCUUCUCAGGAUACAGCCUGAGUCGCAGUAGUUUUAACAUGGUGAAGAGAAUGAGGACUCAGUGGAGAUCAGGCGGCACCACCGAGAGGCGUUUCAGCUGCACCUUCUGUGGGAAGAGCUUUCCACGUUUCUGGCAGCUCAAAGAACACCUCCGGAGUCACACUGGAGAGAAACCGUACACCUGCGAACAGUGUGGCAGGAGUUUUACCAAGCAGUGCAACUUGAUCAGACAUGCUGUGGUCCACAGCGGAGAGAAGCCCUACAAGUGCACACAGUGUGGGAAAUGCUUCACUCAGCGCUCCAGCAUGAAGUCACAUCAAAGAACACACAUAGGAGAGAGUGCAGUGUCUCAAUACGUGGCACCCGCAUACCCUGGGGAUCCACACACAAGUUUAAUGUUGUCUCAGACCAGAUGGAACAAAUAGGAACAUAAUUGCAUUAUGCUUCGGAAACAAUUUCAACGUGAAAAUGUAGCUCAAUCAACCCUACUCGCUAUCUUCUACACUAUCUGAUGUGCUUUCCUUUUGUAUCUAAUACCUGUACUGAUACACUCCCUAUGUAUUUAUUUGGACAGUGAAGCUACAACUUUUAAUUUGGCUUUAUACUCCAGGAUUUUGGAUUUGAGAUUUUUUUUUUAAUUCAUGAGGCAACAGUACAGAAUGUCACCUUUUAUUUGAAGGUAUUUUCAGGUAUUUUCAUACAUCUGUUUUACCAUUUAGAAAUUAAGGCACUUUAUGUAUCUAGUUCCCCCAUUUGAAGGUGGCAUAAGUAUUUGGACAAUUUCACUUAGUGUAUAAAAAUCUGUCAGAAGUUUAGUACUUUGCCCCUUAUUCUUAGCACCUACUACAUCAAGCUUGUGACUCUACAAACUUGUUGGAUGCAUUUGCAGUUAGUUUUGGUUGUGUUCUGGAUUAUGGUGCGUCAUUUUGGAGUCACUUUUAUUGUAAAUUAAGUAUUGAAUUUGUUUCUGAACCCUUCUACAUUUUAAACCCUACCAUGACUACGGAUAAUCAUAAAUUGAUCUUGAAUAAUGAUGAGUGAGAAAGUUACAGAGAUAAAUAUCAUGCCCCCCAAAAAAUGCUAACCUCCCAUGUUACUAUUAAUGGUGAGAGGUUAGCAUGUUUUGGGGGCAUGAUCUUUGUACAUCUGUCACUUUCUCACUUGUUAUUCACAAAUUAAUUCAUGAUUAUCUGUAAUCAUGGUAGCUGCCACAUGAAUGUAGAAGUGUUCAUAUUCUAUUCUUAUUUACAAUAAAAGUGACUCCAAAAUGACACAAUACAUUAUUUACCAUUAAUUUCUAUUGGACACA